GACGUUUGAAGCACACACCCACAGCUGCCAUAGGUUCAGAAUCUGUUUGUGCAGCUUUGCAUCUCGGCCCGCUAGAGCUCCGUGUCUUUCAUGUCCACCACCCCGAUGUCAAAAGAUCGACGGGUCACGUAUAAGCUGCCACCGACCGCCGAGUCUCAAGACUUCCGGAGGAGAAAGGCGCUUGAGGAACAGAAACGUAAACGGGCUGAACGCGUCGACGCGUCCCGGCAGCUUGACGGCUUUGCCGGGCUCAGCCUUGGACACUCCGAGGACGAGGAGGAGCACGACGGGGGCGGGGACGGCAUCGUGCGAACCGGGGUCGCUGCCUAUGCAGCGCUUCUGCCAUCCCAAACUGCGCCUGGUGAGAUCGUGGAUGUUCCGAUGUCGGGCACGACGAAGCCCAGAAAGAAGCGUGGCAAGGGCAAGGGCAAGAACAGGGCCGGCACGGGCUCUGCGCAUCCGUCCGCGCGAGCAGCGAGUCACCAGAAUCAGUGGGCGGAUCAGUGCAUGUACGCCGAGCUGCUCGAGAUGAGCGAAGAUGGGACGCGUUCUGUGUGGAGCACUGCCACGGGGGACGGUCUUCCGGACGAUCUGGAAACGGCUUGGAUUGCAGUGGCUCCUGUUCCGGUGGGAAAACGAUGCCUCGCAGUGACCGAUCAGUCUCUGGGUGUUCCCGGCACAGUCUCCAACACGGCUCUUCGAAGCAGGAAGUUGGGCAAGCUACUCAUGCCAAGAUUUCCGUCUACGCUCCCUCCAAUGACGGUCCUAGAUUGCAUCCUUGAUGAGAACUGGCGAGAAAACGGGAUCUUGCACAUUCUGGAUGUGAUCAAGUGGAAAGGGCAAGACAUCGGCGAUUGCGAGACGCCUUUCAGAUUCUGGUGGAGGGAUACUCGAUUACAAGAGUUGCCUUCCUCAUCCCCGCCCUCUAUCCGACAUAACGCAGAAGCAAGUGGAGGGCUGGAGCAAUCGCCGUCCACUGCCUAUCGUUUCCCAUAUCCGACAACGUUCGCUGGGAUCCCGUACCACGCAGACACAAGCAUGUCCUCGUUAGCUACGGCUAUUGUUCCACUGGCACGGUGCAAUCGUGCCAUAUCUGUCCAGAUUCCGGUCCUCGAAUCUGAGGAGGAAGGGAUGUCGGUGGACGUGCCCAAAAGCUUGCAGCUGACUGCCACGCAAAGCGCGCAGGUGGCUUCAGAUGGCUUGCUGUUGUAUAUCUCCGAGGCAAGCUAUGAGCCGGGCACGAAUCCGUUGAGCAGCUGGGUUCCGCUACGCAAUUACGACGCCGAUCAGCAUGGACAGGACGCAGGGACGCAGCCUGAGGUCUCCACCGCACCAGUGGAUGGACCGUUGGAUGUGUUUGCUCGGUUGAUUCAACGACGAAUUGCGGAAAAUGCUUCAUUCUCUACUCUAGGAGACGGGGGCCAAGGAAAAUAACAUCAAUGCUUUGCAGGCUUUCCAGGAAUGACUAUCCAAGCCAGCAUGAUGAGGACGCGAACACCAGCGCCGAUACCAAGUGCGGCAGCAGCGCCGAUGGCGGCAAGGAUCGCGCGCGCAACGAAUGCGCCAAGAAAGAGCCCUGCGGCUGCAAUCAGCUUGUGGUCGCGUGUGAUGACCUUUUUGCGAAGGUUGAAGAGGCUGGGGUCCGUGACGAGUUCGACCCAGACAGUGGUCAGAACAACUGCACCAAAGCUGAGCAUGACACGAGAAGAAUCCCAUCAUCGCACAUACUUGUCGUGGUGAAUUGCGUGUUCAGGCGCUUCCCGACGAUCCCCUGGACCCCCAAACUCGCGCUCAUGAACGCGAGGCCGACGAACGUGAGGGUG